GCUGAAUCCACGAACAGAGAAGGCACGAACGUCACGCGAAGCAUUAUUUACAACAGAGCUAGUCGCGACUUGUCACGCGGUUAAAUUUUUAGUUACACAGAGAAAGAGCAGAAAGAGGAAAAAGAGAAGGAGGAGAAGGAGGGAUAGGAGUGAGCCCGUUAUUCAGAAUUGAGGAUGAAGAAAAUUAUGAAGAGGAUGUGGGUCAUUUGAGUAUCGUUGUGUUGUGGAAUAUAAAAGAAAGUUUAGAGAUCAUUCUAGUUUUGCGAAAUGGCUUUGAGAUGGCAAGCGAGGCUAUCUAUCGCCGCUAUACUUUUUAUGUGUACUGAAGACACGCUGAGUCUAAAUGAUGGGAUGGAAAAGCUGGAGCGGCAUCCUGGGCAAGGCAGGCCAAGACAGCAGAUGAUCGAUCACUCGAUCGGUCUCAAGACCAAGCCCGAGCCCACUUUUGAUUUUAACCAGCCCACUAAUGUCACUGCUCUCAUUGGAAAAACAGCGUAUCUCACUUGUCGAGUCAGACAUCUUGGGAAUAAAACUGUGUCGUGGGUACGACUGCGAGACAUCCACAUUCUGACAACCGGAGCGUACACUUACACGAGUGAUCAGCGAUUCCAGGCUCUGCACAGACAGAACACCGGUCAGAAUAACGAAUGGUCUGAGUGGACCCUGUGCAUAAAAUGGGCCCAGGAGCGUGACCAGGGUAUUUACGACUGUCAAAUAUCGACCAUACCACUAAAGUCUCACCAGUUUUACCUGAACGUUGUCGUUCCCACGGCAACGAUUCUCGGUGGUCCGGAACUGUACGUGGGUGCUGGAAGUACGAUAAACCUGACAUGUGCGAUACGGUUCAGCUCAGAACCCCCAGCCUACAUCUUUUGGUACUACGACGGCAACGUACUCAGCUACGACAGUCCUAGAGGUGGUGUGUCGGUGAUAACGGAGAAAGGAACUGAUGUUACAACUUCGUGGCUCCUUAUACAGACAGCACAGCCCUCAGACUCGGGUGAAUACAGCUGCAAGCCCAGCAAUGCCAAUACUGCGUCUAUACGUGUUCACGUUGUCAAUGGUGAACGUCCAGAAGCGAUGCAAACAGGGACAGCAGGGCCUAUUUUAUCCUCAAGCUGCCUCUUGGUAUCGCUCAUCAUUUUGUACAUAUCUUCAGUGUAA